AUGGCAGUAAAACCUGAGGUCGCCACCCCGCUGGCUGGUAAAAACAAGCCUCCGGGACCGCGUAUGACGAGCAUGCAGUCCAUCGACAGACUCCAUAAGCCGUUUAAAUGUCCUGGUGCUGCACGAGCAUCUCCGCUUGCUGACAGACCUGCUCGGAAGCGGCGGAAGGUUAAUUACAAAGGCGCCGAUGGCGAUGCCGAUGUUGACAAGCCAUACACCAACGAUGAUAGAUUGGCUCUUGCAACCCGAGACGCAAACCGCUUCCCGGUUUUCCAACCUAAAAGCAAGGAUUUUGUAUUCCGAAAAGCCUUUUCUAUACCGAUGAAAGACAAGGAAAAUGUGCUUCUUAACUCCAAUCGACCACCUCCCACUCUGGGGCUCAGACAGGGCGCUGUCUUCGUGGCAAAACCACUUCAUGAUCCAAGUGGCGAGUUUGCCAUUGUGCUCUACGAUCCGACCAUCGACGAUAAACCGAUAUCACCCCCGAAAGAGGCAGAGCCUAAAAAGAUUGAAGAGGAGAAGAAGAUCGAUGCCCCAUUAGUGCACAAGAGCUUGGCCGAGAUUUUGGGAAUCCGAAAGCAGGUGGAUAAGGAGCAUCCCAAGGUUCCCGUCGUUCUUGAUCCAAAGCUAGCCAAGAUUCUUCGUCCUCAUCAGGUGGAGGGAGUGAAGUUCAUGUACCAGUGUGUGACUGGUAAAGUGGACGAGAAUGCCAAUGGGUGCAUUAUGGCAGACGAGAUGGGUCUCGGAAAGACACUGCAAUGCAUCACUCUCUUAUGGACAUUGCUCAAGCAAUCACCGGAAGCCGGCAAGUCCACUGUUCAGAAAGCCAUUGUGGUCUGCCCUGCAAGUCUGGUAAAGAAUUGGGCAAACGAAUUGACAAAGUGGUUGGGUGCUAAUGCCAUUACGCCCUUUGCAAUCGACGGAAAAGCUUCAAAAGAGGAGUUGACCAGACAGCUCCGGCAGUGGGCAAUUGCGAGUGGUCGCGCCGUCACGCGACCUGUCAUCAUUGUAUCAUACGAAACACUUCGCCUGAAUGUGGAAGAGUUGAAGCACACUAAAAUCGGGCUGCUCUUCUGUGACGAAGGUCAUCGUUUAAAGAAUGGAGACAGCAACACCUUUUCGAGUCUGAAUAGUCUCAAUGUCACGCGACGAGUUAUCCUGACAGGAACUCCGAUUCAAAAUGACCUGACAGAGUAUUUUUCUCUGAUCAGCUUCGCCAAUCCUGGACUUCUUGGUUCACGCCUUGAGUUCCGGAAGCGAUAUGAGCUGCCUAUCUUGCGAGGUCGCGACGCAGAUGCCUCCGAAGCCGAUCGCAAGCGUGGUGAUGAGUGUACUACAGAGCUCUUGAGCACUGUUAAUAAGUUCCUGAUCAGGCGGACAAAUGACAUUCUCUCGAAAUACCUGCCUGUCAAGUAUGAGCAUGUUGUGUUCUGUGGCUUGGCCCCGUUUCAGCUCGACCUAUACAACUAUUUUAUUAAAAGUCCAGACAUCCAAGCACUCCUGCGAGGGAAAGGCAGUCAGCCCCUCAAAGCCAUCAAUAUUCUGAAGAAACUGUGCAAUCAUCCAGAUUUGCUUAAUCCUUCCGAGGAUCUUCCAGGCUCAGAAAAAUGCUUCCCGGACGAUUAUGUACCGAAAGACGCUCGUGGUCGAGACCGAGAAGUAAAGUCCUGGUACUCGGGGAAGAUGCAAGUUCUUGACAGGAUGCUGGCUCGGAUCCACCAGGACACCAACGACAAGAUCGUUCUCAUCAGUAAUUAUACUUCCACUCUCGAUCUCUUUGAACGUUUAUGUCGGUGCCGAGGAUAUGGAAAUCUUCGUCUUGAUGGAUCGAUGAAUGUGAACAAGCGACAAAAGCUUGUGGAUAAGUUCAAUGAUCCCGAAGGCUCGGAAUUUGUUUUUCUUCUGAGUAGCAAGGCUGGUGGCUGUGGUAUCAACCUCAUUGGUGCAAACCGUCUGGUGCUGUUCGAUCCUGAUUGGAACCCUGCUGCUGAUCAACAGGCUCUGGCCCGUGUCUGGCGUGAUGGACAGAAAAAGGAUUGCUUCGUUUACCGCUUCAUCGCCACUGGGACGAUUGAAGAAAAGAUCUUCCAGCGCCAAUCGCACAAACAAAGUCUGUCAACUUGUCUUGUCGACUCUAUGGAGGAUGUCGAGCGGCAUUUCUCCCUCGAUAGUCUCCGUGAACUGUUUCAAUACAGGCCGAACACGACUAGCGACACCCAUGACACUUUCAAGUGCAAGCGAUGCAAGCCUGACGGGAAACAAUACAUCAAGGCACCAGCAAUGCUGUACGGAGAUACUAGCACGUGGAACCACUUCGUCAACGACGGACUCAAAAAUAUCCAAGAUUUGUUGCUCAGACAGGAGCAUGACGACGCAAUUGUCUCAGCGGUUUUCCAAUACAUAUCGCACUAA